GCUGCCGCGCACCCGAGGACAAACCCACGCUUUCAUUCCCUCCCUCCGUCUCCGUCUGCUCCUGGUCUUUCUCCUCGAAGCCUUUCCGUGAGUCCUCCUCUUGGCUGCUUGUGAUCUGGGACGGAGGUGUGAUGUGUAAAUAGGAGCGCAGCACAGAUGGAUGGAAGGAGAGGGGGAACAUGAUGCUGCGGCGCUCCUGCUGAGCCAGCGCUUUCUUCCUCAACAUCAGCGAGACAGAAAGUCUCGGAGAGAGUCGGCACACAGCGGGAGGAGAGUCUGCCACGCGCCUUUCUGGAAUUAUCUCUGAAGCUUUGGCUCCAAAGUGGUGAGACUCCUCGGCCAAGCUUCUGCCGGACGCUGCUGAUUGGGGCAGAAGCCCAUGUGGACUACUCUUCUCCUCUGAGCCGUUGUCUUCUCGCUGGGCUUCGUCAUGGAGCUCCAGAGCGCCACCAGCAGCCUGCCAGGGCCACUCUCCCCCACUUUGGACUACGCCGGACCCCCGUCUCAUUCGCCGGGCCCCGGCCCUUCCCACGGAGCCAGCCCAAGCCUCAGCCCCAUCCGGGGGCCCAGCCCCGGCCCCGGGUUCUCUGGCCAGGCCGCUUUCAACUACAACCAGCUGGAGGGGAGGUUCAAGCAGCUGCAAGAUGAGCGUGAGGCGGUGCAGAAGAAAACCUUCACCAAAUGGGUCAACUCCCACCUGUCCAGGGUCUCCUGCCGGAUCACCGACCUCUACAUGGACCUGAGGGACGGCCGCAUGCUCAUCAAGCUGCUGGAGGUCCUGUCGGGAGAACGGCUGCCCAAACCCACCAAAGGCCGGAUGAGGAUCCACUGUCUGGAGAAUGUGGACAAAGCUCUGCAGUUCCUGAAGGAGCAGCGGGUCCACCUGGAGAACAUGGGCUCUCACGACAUCGUGGACGGAAACCACCGGCUGACCCUGGGCCUCAUCUGGACCAUCAUCCUGCGCUUCCAGAUCCAGGACAUCAGUGUGGAGACCGAGGACAACAAGGAGAAGAAGUCGGCUAAAGACGCUCUGCUGCUCUGGUGUCAGAUGAAGACUGCAGGCUAUCCCAACGUCAACAUCCACAACUUCUCCACCAGCUGGAGAGAUGGCAUGGCCUUCAACGCCCUCAUCCACAAACACAGGCCCGACCUCAUUGACUUUGACAAACUGAAGAAGUCCAACGCUCACUACAACCUGCAGAAUGCCUUCAACCUGGCCGAGCAGCACCUGGGUCUCACCAAGCUGCUGGACCCAGAAGAUAUCAGCGUGGACCAUCCCGACGAGAAGUCCAUCAUCACCUACGUGGUCACCUACUACCACUACUUCUCCAAGAUGAAGGCUCUGAAGGUGGAGGGCAAAAGGAUCGGGAAGGUCCUGGACAACGCCAUCGAGACCGAGAAGAUGAUCGAGAAGUACGAGUCUCUGGCCUCGGAUCUCCUGGAGUGGAUCGAGCAGACCAUCAUCAUCCUCAACAACAGGAAGUUCGCCAACUCUCUGGUGGGGGUUCAGCAGCAGCUGCAGGCCUUCAACACCUACCGCACCGUGGAGAAGCCCCCCAAAUUCACAGAGAAGGGAAACCUGGAAGUUCUUCUCUUCACCAUCCAGAGCAAAAUGAGAGCCAACAACCAGAAGGUCUACACUCCUCGAGAGGGGAAGCUCAUCUCUGACAUCAACAAGGCGUGGGAGCGUCUGGAGAAGGCGGAGCACGAGCGGGAGCUGGCCUUGAGGACGGAGCUGAUUCGUCAGGAGAAGCUGGAGCAACUGGCCCGACGUUUUGACCGCAAGGCCGCCAUGAGGGAGACCUGGCUGAGUGAGAACCAGAGGCUGGUGUCGCAGGACAACUUUGGCUUCGACCUUCAGGCAGUGGAAGCAGCCACCAAGAAGCACGAGGCCAUCGAAACAGACAUCGCUGCCUACGAGGAGCGAGUCCAGGCCGUGGUUGCCGUGGCGAGGGAGCUGGAGGCGGAGAGUUACCAUGACAUCAAGCGCGUCACGGCCCGGAAAGACAACGUGAUCCGGCUGUGGGAGUAUCUGCUGGAGCUGCUGAAGGCCCGCAGGCAGCGGCUGGAGAUGAACCUGGGCCUGCAGAGGGUCUUCCAGGAGAUGCUCUACAUCAUGGACUGGAUGGAUGAGAUGAAGAUGCUGCUGCUCUCGCAGGACUACGGGAAGCACCUGCUGGGUGUGGAGGACCUGCUGCAGAAACACGCUCUGGUGGAGGCCGACAUCGGCAUCCAGGCCGACCGAGUCCGCAACGUGAACAGCAACGCUCAGAGGUUCGCCAACGACAGCGACGGAUACAAACCCUGCGACCCUCAGAUCAUCAGGGAUCGAGUGGCUCACCUGGAGUUCUGCUACCAGGAGCUCAGCCAGCUGGCGGCCGAGCGGCGAGCUCGCCUGGAGGAGUCCCGGCGUCUGUGGAAGUUCUUCUGGGAGAUGGCUGAAGAGGAGGGCUGGAUCAGGGAGAAGGAGCAGAUCCUCUCCUCGGAGGACUACGGCAAGGAUCUGACCGGCGCCCUCAGGCUGCUGAGUCAGCACAAGGCCUUCGAGGACGAGAUGAGUGGCCGCGCCGGACACUUGCAGCAGACGGUGAAGCAGGGGGAGGAGCUGGUGGCUAACAACCAUUUUGGAGCCGAUAAAAUCAAGGAGAGGAUCCAGGACAUCCAGGAUCAGUGGGCGGCGCUGGAGCGACUGGCUGCUCUGCGAAAGGCUCGUCUGCAGGAAGCCUGUAACCAGCACCAGUUCCAGGCGGAUGCCGACGACAUCGACACCUGGAUGCUGGACGUGCUGCGGAUCGUCUCCAGCGUGGACGUGGGCCACGACGAGUUCUCCACCCAGGCGCUGGUCAAGAAGCACAAGGACGUGGCCGAGGAGAUCGGCAGCUACAGACCCGUCAUCGAGGCCCUGCACGACCAGGCCAAGCUGCUGCCGCCCGAGAGGGUCGACUCGGAGGAGGUCCGUGCUCGGCUGGAGGGCAUCGAGGAGCGCUACAAGGAGGUGGCGGAGCUGACGCGGCUGAGGAAGCAGGCGCUGCAGGACGCCCUGGCUCUCUACAAGAUGAUGAGCGAGGCCAGCGCCUGCGAGGUCUGGAUCGAUGAGAAGGAGCAGUGGCUGAACAGCAUGGAGAUCCCGGAGAAGCUGGAGGACCUGGAGGUGGUGCAGCACCGGUUCGAGAGCUUGGAGCCGGAGAUGAACAACCAGGCGUCCCGGGUGGCUGUGGUGAACCAGAUCGCCCGGCAGCUGAUCCACAGUGGACAUCCCAGUGAGAAGGAGAUCAAGGCCCAGCAGGACAAGCUCAACACCAGGUGGAGUCAGUUCAGAGACCUGGUGGACCAAAAGAAGGACCUUCUGAACUCCGCGCUGGGAGUACAGAACUACCACCUGGAGUGCAACGAGACCAAGUCCUGGAUCAAGGAGAAGACCAAGGUGAUCGAGUCCACCCAGGAGCUGGGGAACGACCUGGCCGGUGUCAUGGCGCUGCAGAGGAAGCUGACCGGGAUGGAACGCGACCUCGCCGCCAUCGAGGACAAGCUGGGAGACCUGGGCAAGGAGGCGGAGCGUCUGGCCGGCGAGCACCCCGACCAGUCCCAGGCCAUCAAGGGCCGCCUGGCCGAGAUCACCCGGGUGUGGGAGGAGAUGAAGGACACCAUGAAGAACCGAGAGGAGUCUCUGGGCGAGGCCAGCAAGCUGCAGCAGUUCCUGCGGGACCUGGACGACUUCCAGUCCUGGCUGUCCAGGACCCAGACGGCCAUCGCCUCCGAGGACAUGCCCAACACGCUGGCCGAGGCCGAGAAGCUGCUGACUCAGCACGAGGGCAUCAAGAACGAGGUGCGCAACUACGAGGAGGACUACCAGAAGAUGCGGGACAUGGGCGAGAUGGUGACCCAGGGCCAGACGGACGCCCAGUACAUGUUCCUGAGGCAGCGGCUGCAGGCGCUGGACACGGGCUGGAACGAGCUGCACAAGAUGUGGGAGAACCGGCAGAACCUGCUGUCGCAGUCGCACUGCUACCAGCUCUUCCUGCGGGACACCAAGCAGGCCGAGGCCUUCCUCAACAACCAGGAGUACGUGCUGGCCCACACCGAGAUGCCCUCCACCCUGGAGGCCGCCGAGGCCGCCAUCAAGAAGCAGGAGGACUUCAUGACCACCAUGGACGCCAACGAGGAGAAGAUCAGUGGCGUGGUGGACACGGGCCGCCGCCUGGUGACCGACGGCAACAUCAACACCGAGCGGAUCCAGGAGAAGGUGGACUCCAUCGAUCAGAGACACAAGAAGAACCGUGCUGCGGCCAGCGACCUUCUGGCCAGGCUGAAGGACAACAGGGAUCUGCAGAAGUUCCUUCAGGACUGCCAGGAGCUCUCCCUGUGGAUCAACGAGAAGAUGCUGACGGCUCAGGACAUGACGUACGACGAGGCCAGGAACCUGCACAGCAAGUGGCUCAAGCACCAGGCCUUCAUGGCAGAGCUGCAGUCCAACAAGGAGUGGCUGGACAAGAUCGAGAAGGAGGGGCAGAUGCUGAUGGCGGAGAAGCCAGAGACGGAGGCCAUGGUGAAGGAGAAGCUGGCCUCCCUGAAGAGCAUGUGGCAGGACCUGGAGUCCACCACUCAGACCAAAGCCAAGUGUCUGUUCGACGCCAACAAGGCCGAGUUGUUCACCCAGAGCUGCGCCGACCUGGACAAGUGGCUGCUGGGUCUGGACGGUCAGCUGCAGUCGGACGACUACGGCAAGGACCUGACCUCCGUCAACAUCCUGCUGAAGAAGCAGCAGAUCCUGGAGAGCCAGGUGGAGGUGCGUCAGCGGGAGGUGGACGAGCUCCGCGGCCAGUCUCAGGUCCUCAGCCAGGAGGGGAAAGGCUCAGAGGAAGUGGACGGGCAGCGCAUCAGCGUGGAGAAGAAGUUUGUGGCGCUUCAGGAUCCGCUGAAGAAGAGACGCGACAAUCUGAUGGCCUCGCGAGAGAUCCACCAGUUCAACAGGGACGUGGAGGACGAGAUCCUCUGGGUGGAGGAGCGGAUGCCUCUGGCCACCUCCACCGACCACGGACACAACCUUCAGACCGUCCAGCUUCUCAUCAAGAAGAACCAGACCCUGCAGAAGGAGAUCCAGGGCCAUCAGCCGCGCUUCGACGACAUCUUCGAGCGCAGCCAGCACGUCCUGAGGGAGGACAACCCCACCGCCGCCGCCAUCCGCCUUCGCCUGGCUGAGCUGCAGUCGCUGUGGGAGCAGAUCCGCAAGGAGACGGAGAAGCGGCACGCACGGCUGAACGAGGCGCACGAGGCGCAGCAGUACUACUUUGACGCCGCGGAGGCUGAAGCCUGGAUGAGCGAGCAGGAGCUCUACAUGAUGUCGGAGGAGAAGGCCAAGGACGAGCAGAGUUCAGUGGCCAUGUUGAAGAAGCACCAGAUUCUGGAGCAGGCGGUGGAGGACUACGCCGACACGGUCCACCAGCUGUCCAGCACCAGCCGGGGCCUGGUGGCGGCCGAACAUCCCGACAGCGAGCGCAUCGGCAUGCGUCAGUCGCAGGUGGACAAGCUGUACGCCGGCCUGAAGGACCUGUCCGAGGAACGCCGCGGCAAGCUGGACGAGCGCUUCCGUCUCUUCCAGCUCAACAGGGAAGUGGACGACCUGGAGCAGUGGAUCGCCGAGCGGGAGGUGGUGGCUGGAUCCCACGAGCUGGGCCAGGACUACGAGCACGUGACGAUGCUGCAGGAGCGCUUCAGAGAGUUCGCCCGCGACACCGGCAACAUCGGCCAGGAGCGCGUGGACGCCGUCAACCGCCUGGCCGACGAGCUGAUCAACGCCGGCCACGGCGACGCCGCCACCAUCGCCGAGUGGAAGGACGGCCUCAACGAGGCCUGGGCCGACCUGCUGGAGCUGAUCGACACGCGGACGCAGAUCCUCGCCGCCUCCUACGAGCUGCACAAGUUCUACCACGACGCCAAGGAGAUCCUCAACCGCAUCCUGGACAAACACAAGAAGCUCCCCGAGGAGCUGGGCCGCGACCAGAACACCGUGGAGACGCUGCAGAGGAUGCACACCACCUUCGAGCACGACAUCCAGGCGCUGGGGACGCAGGUGCGGCAGCUGCAGGAGGACGCCGUGCGCCUGCAGUCGGCUUACGCCGGAGAUAAGGCCGACGACAUCCAGAAGAGAGAAGGAGAGGUGCUGGAGGCCUGGAAGAACCUGCUGGAGGCGGUGGAGGGCCGGCGGGUCAAGCUGCUGGACACCGGAGACAAGUUCCGCUUCUUCAGCAUGGUGCGCGACCUGAUGCUGUGGAUGGAGGACGUCAUCCGCCUGAUCGAGGCGCAGGAGAAGCCGCGUGACGUGUCGUCGGUGGAGCUGCUGAUGAACAACCACCAGGGCAUCAAGGCGGAGAUCGACGCCCGGAACGACAGCUUCACCGCCUGCAUCGAGCUGGGCAAAGCUCUGCUGGCCAGGAAGCACUACGCUUCAGAGGAGAUCAAAGAAAAGUUGCUGCAGUUGACGGACAAGAGGAAAGAGAUGAUCGACAAGUGGGAGGACCGGUGGGAGUGGCUGCGGCUGGUGCUGGAGGUGCACCAGUUCUCCAGGGACGCGGGCGUGGCCGAGGCCUGGCUGCUGGGCCAGGAGCCCUACCUGUCCAGCAGGGAGAUCGGUCAGAGCGUGGACGAGGUGGAGAAGCUCAUCAAGCGCCACGAGGCCUUCGAGAAGUCGGCCGCCACCUGGGAGGAGCGCUUCGCCGCGCUGGAGAGGCUGACCACGAUGGAGCUACUGGAAGUGAGAAGAAGGCAAGAGGAGGAAGAGAGGAGGAAAGUGCCGCCGCCGGCUGCCGCAGACGUUCAGGACCGGCAGGGGGAGCCGGUGUCCCAGAACGGGCUGCCGUCAGACCAGGAGUCGCCCAGGGAAAACCUAGAAGGGGCGGAGCUGAACGGGGUCUCUGAGCCGAGUCCGGCAGGUUCUCCGGGAGCGAGUCGGAAGGCCAAGGCGAGUCAGGCGGCCACUCUGCCGGCCAAGUCUCAGCCGGACUCCCCGACGUCUCAGCUGGAAGGUUUUCUGCACCGCAAACACGAGUGGGAGGGGCACAACAAGAAGGCCUCCAGCAGGUCGUGGCACAACGUCUACUGUGUCAUCAACCAGCAGGAGAUGGGCUUCUACAAGGACCAGAAGAGCGCCGGCCAGGGCGUCCCGUACCACGGCGAGAUCCCGGUCAGCCUGAAGGAGGCGCUGUGCGAGGUGGCCCUGGGAUACAAGAAGAAGAAGCACGUCUUCAAGCUCAAGGUCACGGACGGGAACGAGUAUCUCUUCCAAGCCAAAGAUGAUGAGGAGAUGAACACGUGGAUCUCGGCCAUCUCUGCUGCCGUGGCGGGCGACAAGCAGGAAGUGACGCCCAGCAGCCACAGCACGCCGGCGCCGGGCGCCCGCGCCCAGACGCUGCCGGCCGCCGUCGCCACGGUGACGGCCGAGUCCAGCCCGGGCAAGCGUGAGAAAGACAAGGAGAAGCGCUUCAGUCUGUUCAGCAAGAAGAAGUAGACGCGCCCCCCCGCCUCCCCCUUUUCCCCUCACCCCCCGCUCCCCCUCCUCUCUCUCUUCCCCUCCUCCGGUGCUGUUUGGGCCUCGUCCCUCGUUGUCAAUCAGAAGGCGUGUGUGUGUGCGUGUGUGUGUGAAGCCUCCCAGCUGGAGUGGGUCAGAACCUGGUGGUCCCAUCCUCACACAUCAGCCCGUCUUCAGCAUCAGCGCGGCCAACGCUCCAGAGCCGAGGUUGUGGCGCCGUCCUCUUCCUGCCUCUGGCUCCGCCCACGUCACCACCCCAGAGGACCGGCCGGACCGCGCUGCUUCCAGCUGUGUACAACUUGUGUGUAACAAGUGAGCGUGUCCAGACGUUUCCCAGUGGAAGGUUGAAUAUAAAGGCAUUUGCUGGAGCGCCGCUCGCCGCUUGCUUGUUGGCUUCACUCUCUAGAGCCCGAGGCUGCGCUCAGGGGCCGGGGGGGGUCAUGACCCGGACCCCUCCUCCUCACGGUCUCCUGACGUCUGCUGCGUCCCUCCUCCUUCUUCUUCUUCUUUUUAUUUAAUCGCUACAUUUCUCGGGCAAGUGAAUCAGUAUAGUGCGCAUUCCUCUGUCACCGUAACCAUAGUAACCGACAUAUUGCACAAUCAAACGCCACGGUGGGGCGGGGCUUGCUGGGCUGGGGUUUGUAGGUGAGUUAGUCACGUGACGUGGACCGGGGGUCACCGCUAGU